AUGGACACUUCCAAGGAAUCUGGAGAGCCUGAAGUUGCUCAGCGGGAUCUGAUAGCAGGCAUUGAGGAAGUGACGAACAAGGACCAUGAUUUGACAGUUAUCCAGGCCUUCAAGGUGUACCUGAAGGCUAUCGCCUGGAGUGCAGUUCUCUCAGCAGCUCUGAUCAUGGACGGCUACGACUUCAAGCUCUUUGGUCUCCUAGUAGCACAGCCUGCCUUUAACGAGAAAUACGGCAACCUUCAGCCGGACGGGACAUAUCAGAUUUCCGCCGCGUGGCAGUCUGGCCUCACAAACGGGUCGAAUAUCGGGCAAAUGGUGGGCCUGUACCUGGCCGGUUACCUGAGCGACAAGUUGGGCUUCCGCAGGAGCAUGAUGAUUACACUACUGGUCAUUCCCUUUAUUAUUUUUCUCCAGUUCUUUGCACCGAGCCUGGCUGUUCUAGAGGUCGGCCAAGUUCUGCUAGGCAUACCCCUGGGCAUACUGGACACAAUUACCUGCGUCUAUGCUGUCGAGGUGGCUCCGACUUGUCUACGCGCAUUCCUGACGAGCUACGUGAGCCAGAACUGGGUUAUUGGGCAAAUUGUAGCCGCAUGCGUUCUUCGCGGUAUUCUCAACGAUGCCCAGGAUAUUGACAAGACUGUGACGCUGAUGGUACUCACUACAGAGCACGAACGUGAAGCAGGCUCUAGCACAACAUUUGCGGCUUGUUUCCAAGGCACUGAUCUUCGCCGAACUAUUAUUGUGAUGGGAUGCUAUUGCAUGCAGAUCAUCGCUGGCACUACAUUGCGAGCAUACUCCACAUAUUUCUUCGUUCAAGCCGGCCUGUCGACAACUCAGGCAUUCAAUAUGUCUAUCGUGACUUAUGUGCUGAGCUUUCUUGGAACCUGCGUAAUGUGGUGCCUCAUGCCGUACGUUGGCCGGAGAACCCUGUUCAUCUCUGGCCUUGUUACACUCUGUAUCAUUGACUUCACCAUCGGCGGCCUCGGCGUUCCAAAAGCCACGAGCAACUUAUCGUGGGCAAUUGCCUCCCUUCUCGUGGUAUCAGCCUUCGUUUCAUACCUAUGCAGUGUACCCGUGAUCUUCGCACUCGUUGCAGAGAUCCCGUCGUCACUCCUCCGAAGCAAGUCGGUCGCUAUCGCCCGGUUCUCCUAUACAGUGCUCAACAUUGCCGCCAAUGUUCUUACGCCGUAUCAACUGAAUCCCUCGGCGUGGGGAUGGGGUGCCAAGUCUGGGUUCUUUUGGGGUGGUUCCUGCAUCCUGGGGCUGAUCUUCGCGUACUUUGUUGUACCUGAGCCGAAGGACAAGAGGGUCGCAGAACUUGAUCUGCUCUUCAAGAAGAAGGUCUCGGCGCGAAAAUUCACGGCGGUGCGGGUUGACGUUUCGGAAGUCGCCAGAAAGACGGGCUGA